UCAAACAACAUAGUGGAGCAGGCUACCUGGGUUAAUCAGCGCGUACGGAAAUGCCAAAGCAAAAUAACAUCAAACCAUGAGUUGCAUCUCUGAGCAAGAUGUGUGCAAUGGUUUGGAAAACCAUACGGUCUCCUUUGAAAGCAAUAUAAGUAAAGACAGCUUGCCUCAAUUUCAGUACACUCCAGAGAAUGUGCCAGGCCCGGGCUGUGAGAGUCAUCCAAGCGAGGUGAUGCUCCCAGGAUGCGACUGCCAUUCCUUAUCCUGCCAGCAGGGGAGCUGUUCCUGCUUGCAGACCCAUGGUCAGGCAUAUGACAGUUACGGGCACCUGAAGGACCACGGACAGGAUGAAAUGGGGUACUGCCGCCCUGUGUUUGAGUGUAACGCCCUGUGCGGGUGCAGUGAGGCCUGCGGUAACAGGGUGGUGCAGAGGGGUCUGGGGCUCCGCCUCAGCCUGUUUCACACCCCAGUGAAGGGCUGGGCAGUACGGGCACUGGAGCCAGUGCCUCAAGGAGCCUUCGUGUGUGAGUACGCUGGGGAGGUCAUCGGGUUCGAGGAGGCGUGCCAAAGACAGCGAGCCCAGAGACCUGGCGACAUGAACUACAUCAUCGCCGUGAGGGAGCGGGCGGGGGAUGGGAGUGUCGCCGAGACCUUCGUGGAUCCCGCUGCCAUGGGAAACGUGGGCCGCUUCCUCAACCACUCCUGCCAGCCCAACCUCUUCAUGGUGCCUGUGCGGGUGCACUCACUGGUGCCCAGACUGGCACUGUUCGCCGGGCGGGAUAUCACCCCUCAAGAGGAGCUCACUUUUGACUACUCUGGGGGUUACAACAACUCCCAAGGGGAGGAGCCAUCUCCUGCCAGGGGUGACAUUGGGACAGAUGCUCCGAACAGGAAGCUUUGCUACUGUGGAGCUCAGAGCUGCAAUGGCUUCUUACCGCUGGACCUCUCUGUCAUCAGCAACACUUAAAGGACAGCACGUCAGCAUGGCCACAUAAUUCCAGCAGCUGCUCAACUUGCUGUUUUGCAAACAGCACAGCAUCAUGAAUGUGAGUGCUAUGAACUGCAAACAGUGGUAUUACAGAAUCCAGUACAUAUAGUAGGUUUACAAGCGAUCUGUGUCUGUAGUGCCCAGUAGAGACCUAUUUGUCUCAUCACAUUCAGGGGGGUUUUGUCCUAGAAAUCACCCUCAGAAGAAAAUAAAGCUCUUGCUGAUUCAGUUGGGGUGUACUUUUGUAAAAAAAAUAAAUAAAUAAAUAAAAAUC